UUCCAUUAGAAUAUCGCAAUUGGAACUCCUAGAUGAAUUAGAAGAAUGGCGACUUCUCGCUGGUCAUUACUGCGUUGCUUUAGCUUCCAAGACUGCAAACGAAGGGGUGUCAGAUAUCAAGUUAUGGUAGAUUUGAAGUUAAAAUAAUGAAUGGGUUCCUUUCCGUUGUGGAGGCAAAAGAUGCUGGCGAACGUCAUUAGUGAAACAUGUCUCAAAAUGGAAAUCUAUCUAUUGCUGGCGACAAAACCAUUUUCCCAUAUCUUUCCUUUUGUUGAAACAUCCUUUCUCUCUGCGCUUUACCCAACUCCUUUGUUAAUAAACCCUAUGGAGUCCUCUACGUCGCUUUUAAGUACUUCUCAAGACACCUCGUCAACGCAUACCAACCAGCUAUCCGUGGCCUCACACCGUCUAUCUCAAACUUUGAAUGGAUUGGCCCAUGUUGGCAAUCGCAAUCGUAGCUCCAGUGUGAAUGCUAGUGCUGCUGCACCUAUAGUGGUUGCACCUUCCACUGCUUCUGCCUCGGAAUCAGCUCCAACCUCAUUGCUGAUUGAAUUCGACGGUGGUAGUCACGUUAUUGUUCGCCCCAAUAGAACUAUCAGAGGAACCGUAGUCCUAAAUGCAACCGAAAGACUCUAUGCAACUCGUAUUCGGAUAAAGUUCCGUGCUGAGGAGAUUGCUACAGUCAAGAUAAUGGAAGGCUCAGGCGAUGGCCGAGGUGAAAGACUCCACCAACUUACAACUACCUUCUUUGAAACUGACUUUAAACUGUGGGGCAAUGACAUAAGUGCUUUUUCUCAAUCAACCUGGUCAGAGAUAGACAUUGGCCAACACAAAUAUGCAUUUGCCUUGAAGUUUCCAAAUGUCAACUAUCCUCCUUCGUUAGAGGAUCCAAAAGGCUUUUGCGUUCGUUAUGUAUGGACAGCGCAGGUCGAUGGCCCAGGAUUGCAAUCUGGAUUGAGAAGCAAAGAGUAUCUUACCCCCUUGCGUCCAAUUAUCGUUGCUCCAGUUUCACAAGAAUGGGUUUACAAAACCACCUUGUUCAAGGAACGAAAAUCAACACCUCUUGCUGAAGUGCAAGCUAAGCUUCCUAAACAAACAUUUUGCCCAGACGAACCAUUUUCUAUGCAACUCAACAUUGGGCUAAUUGCUUCCGAUUACAAAGUUGUUUCGAUAUCGUAUAAGCUUCGAAAGCAUCACGAGGGAAAGAUGUUGGUGCAGAAAGGCAUGGCGUUCAGAGAAUAUAUACGACAAGUCGUCACGGGAACAGCAACCGCUACCUCAGAAGGCAACCAAUACACCAGCAUUAUCAAUUUUGAUGUUCCAACUCGACUCGUCUCUCCUAGCUUUGCUUCAAGGCAUACAAGAGUUCAUUACGACUUGCAGUUCACCGUGUUGUAUGAAUGCGGACAAUUCUUCAAGUCCAACCAAUAUGCUGAAUUCACCAUACCCAUUGCCAUUGCCAAUUUGCCGUACGAUCAGCUUUUACGUAUUCCCGACCUGACGGCUAUCAAAGAUUACCGACAAUCCAAGGAAUGUCCAUUGUUCUUCGAUGCAACUCUGGAUGAACCUCCGCAGGCUACUGGUUUGCCAAGUGAGUUGAUUGGUCCUCUUACAGCAGCACUUGCUAGUCCACCCGCAACCUCUCCUCCAAGUUACUUUUCGCUACCCUCUCUUCCGCCUCAAUUUGAAAUUCAGAAAGAGCGACAAGAGAGAACCGUUUACACCACUCGAGUACUUAAAGGUGACCAUUCCGUUGACUUGGGAGAUCCAGUAGUUUUGGCUGGCGUCAUGGAUGAAGAUUGGUAAAACAACAAUGGAUUGUUUUUCCUUUUCCUUUCCUUCUUGCAAACGCUGGCUGGUAUUGCAUACCUUCUGUAGAUUGAAUUUUUUUUAUCUCGUCUCUCCAUCCACCAACCUCACUUUCCAACUCAAAGUCAUUCCCAAAACCCCGUUUCAUCACUUCUUUUUGUAGUGCCUAGAAUAGUGCCAUACUUUUCUCUCUCUGUAUUCAUCAGAUAUAUCAUACUCCUCCUUUGUUCUUUGCUGUACACACUUCUUUAUU